GACGUCAGCGCUGUAAAACGUUAGAGAUCUCCGGUGCGCGGCGGCAGCGGUGCCAUAGGCGCAGCGUCCGUCCAGCGCGCAACGCAGGCGGCUGCGGCGGCACCACCACCACCACCACCAGCAGCAGCAGCAACAACACUAGACUUCCCCGCCCGACUUUCGCAUACACUCACACACCUUUGGAAAGAGUACAUCCACACACACACACACACACACACACACGUCGGCAUCCUUCCCGGGUUUUUAAACCGGUCUUCGACUCUCCAGCCGCGCCAUGUCGUCUGCUGUCACCGAGACGGAGGAGUCGGCGCGCAGCUCCCCGAUGACGCCGCUGAAGCUGGUCGGGCUGGUGUGCGUCUUCUUGGCGCUCUGCCUGGAUGUGGGAGCCGUGAUGAGCCCGGCGUGGGUGACUGCCGACGACCAGUACUACCUGUCCCUGUGGGAGUCAUGCUGGAAGCCGGCGAGCACCGAGAACUGGCAGUGCAGCAGCACGCUGGGUUCAGACUGGCAGGUUGCUACACUGGCCCUAUUGCUAGGAGGUGGAGCCCUGGUGCUGAUGUCAUUCCUGGUCGCUCUAGUUGCAGUGUGCAUCGGCACGAGACGGCGCUUCUACGCACCCGUCGCCUUUAUGCUCUUUGCUGCAGUUGUCCUCCAGGCCUGCAGCUUGGUCCUCUACCCCAUCAAGUUCAUCGAGAGCAUCAACCUGAGAAUCUACCACGAGUUCAACUGGGGCUACGGCCUGGCCUGGGGAGGAACCAUCUUCUCUUUCGGUGGGGGAAUCCUCUACUGCCUCAACCCCAAAAACUACGAGGAGUAUUACUAGCUCUAAUGCAAGCCGAGAACCCUACAUGUUGGUAGAGGUAGUCAGGAGACAAGCAAGGUUGUUUUUUUUUGUAACCGCUCAAUUCCCAAGAACUGUAAGUAUAAAGUAUACAUCGUAUUUGAACCAAUAACUGUACUACCACAAGCUUCCACCCGGGGGAAAUUCAAGGGGUGAAGCUGGCGGUUGGGGGAUUUCUUUUCUUGCCUCAAAUAACAGUUGAGGCUGCAUAUUUGAACUUACAGCCCUAACGGCACCAAGUUGGUCCUGGGGAGGGGUUGGUGGGUUGGGUGGUACCAGUUUAAUCCCAGGACUUCUGACACAGGGUAGAACUGACAACCCUGUAGUAACAAAGGAUGGAGGGUUAUGGUGAUGACCGCACCUCUGUUCUUUCUUCCCUGUGAACUAAACUGCAAGUCACUACUAACAACCCAACUUAUUGACUCUUUUACUUUGGAAUCAGGAUAUCACACUGGGAGGCUUUUACCACACGUUUACGCACGCAUGCACAUGCAAAGGCACGUGUAUCUUCAUCUGUCAACAUUAAAUCCUUUGGGCUGGGCUUCAGCAAUCUACCCCUAGACUCCUACUCCAUCAGUGCAUCAUUUUGGCAUUAUGUCAAAGUUUAAGAGUCCUCUGGAGCUCUUAAACUUUCACAAGGACAUGAAAGAGGAUCAGACGCUACAGUUGCUGUUCAUAACUUUUAAUAAGACAGAUAGAUUCCUCAUGGGCCGGAGGUAAGAGGGGGGAAUAAAAUAAAGACACCCGCUCAAUAUUCUGUUAUCGACCCGUUUGUCUGUUACCGUGGCAACCCACAGGGUGUGCACAUGCAGCUGUCAUGAUUGAUUAGCAACAGUCGAAGGUGUGAGACGGGACUGCGCUUAGCAGCCUUCAAGGGUCUGCUAAAUUUCGAUUCCCAAUGAGCCAAAUUUUUCCGCACUGUGAUUUUUGGAGAAUCCUUCCUUCUUUGGUCCAGCUUAUCUGCAUCCUGUUUGUUGAUGGGUCGCUAUAAACAUUACAGACAGUUACAGUCUCUCAGUGGGCAUCCUUACAUGAGCAUGAAUAAUUUAGGUAAGUUAGGAUCCGCAUUCUGAAUGUAAUAAUGUGAUUAUGCACUCAGCUGAGGAACGUAAAACCACAAAAACACCUAAGAACUAUGACUUUAUUAGACACCCCUUGGGUCAUGUACACCUUUGUCUUAUUUCAUAAACUUAAGUAGCCAGCUCAGGUGGAGGUGAAAUGGAAGUGUGGCCUUUAGCCUUUAGCUUUUUUUGCAUUAUGUGUUGGUAAAAGAGAUGCAUAGGUGGCAUCAGCAAUAUUUUAGUCAGAAAUCACUUCAUAAUCUAAAAAAGGUACCUAACUGAUGAUAACAGAAUAAUUUAAAGGACAUAAUUAGACAUUCACCUAACUCUCAGUAUGAGGAAUCAAUGCAUUAUUGUGUAUACAUGACCACUGUAGCUAAUUACUUUAAAACCAGAUCAGUGUAUCUACUGAUAAAAUAAGGCCAUGUUUCAUUAACAUCAGACUGCUGUUUCCUUGUCUACAGUAAAUGUCAGGGAUCAGCCCUGAACCCAGUGCAGAUUUUGGUGGGAAACAAGCCUGGCAUGCAUCUGUUGGCACAGGAAAGGCAAAUGUCAAUAUCAGCCAGUGUCAAAUGUCACUAUUAUAUGUUAUUAUAUGGUUGCUGGGACUUGUAUAGACACAUAUAGAAAAAGUAAGACUGUAUCAUAUACCAAAGCAUCACAACCUUACAGAAAGAACAUUCGAUAAUCACUGCUUUCAAGUAUUUAUCUCAUUUCCCCUGUCCACAAGGUUUGGCUCUAAUCAUCAGUUGUUUGGAUGGUAGCCAUGAGUCCAGUGCAGUUUCUGGGUGUAAAUAUGGAUGGGGAAGUAAAUAUUGUAACUUCUAUGCAGAUUGUAUUAGGCGAUAAGACAGGAAACAAGAUACGUUUUGCCUUCAUUGUGCAAAAACCUAUUUAUGUUUUCUCUCAGAUGAACUAUAAAUUCCCCUUCACCUGUGUGCUGAAUUACUUUCCUAACCCUGUGACCUCCAUUCUCCCUUCAAAACCCAUUCUGUAAUUUUAAAAGUCCACGGUGAGUCGAAUGUAAAAUAAGAAAUAUUUAGAUGAUAUUUUGGAGAUACAAGCAGUGUCUUCUCUGUGCUCUCCAUUGCCACCUAUUUACCAUGGAGCUGUCAAGUAACCAUCACCCAAAAAUAGAAUCCAGGCUGGCCCCCUUGCCACCUUAACAAAUGUAGAACUGUGCAGACUCCACAUGAUUCAUGCAGCUGACAGAAGUCCAUUUAUUUUAUAUAAAGUGACACAAAGAUGCUUGUCGAUGAAUUUUGCCUGUCACCACAACAGUAUUGCUUCUAAAAUCAGCUCAUUGAAGUUUAUUAAUGACUGAGAUCUGAUGUGACUAAGAUUUCAAUAACGCAUUAGAUUACAGCCCACAAGUUACGGGUAUCAAUACAAUAAUGACUGCGUACCUAUAACAAGAUAAACAUAAACAAGUGAAGAAGGCAAGAGGUUAGGGACUUAGGGAGUAACAACUUUGUGUUUGUACUUAUCAUUAUUAAAGGUGCCGUAGGUAGGAUUGUGAAGAUCCAGGACUUGGUCAAAAAACUUGAACAUCAACAACUUCUCAGUCCUUCCCCCCCUUUCUGCUAAAGCCCAAAA